AUGAAUAAAUGCAUAUCAUCCAAAAUCGAACCGAAUGAUGAUAUAUAUAAUAGCAAUCAUUCAACAUUAGAUAUAUACGAGAAAAAGAAUGAAGAUCGAAAUAAUGAUAUGAUAAAAGAUAAUACAAAUACUACAUAUGACAAAGAAUAUAUAGAGAAGAUAAAAAGAUUAAAGAAGCAAAAAUAUUUUGGAAAUAAAACCAUAGGAAAAUUUUCUAGCUAUAUUUAUUUAAUUAAUCAAAUAUUUGGAUCUGGUAUAGUAUCUAUUCCUUAUGUAUUUAAAAAUUCUGGAUGGUUACCAAGUUUGUUUGCUAAUAUACUUAUAUGUAUUUUAACAAUAUUUAAUUCUUUAUUAUUUUUAAGAACUAUGACUAUGAUACCUAAUAAUAUACAUUUUAAUAAAAGGUAUGAAUAUAUUUCGACUGUGUGUUAUUUUUUAGGAAAGAAGAAUAUAUAUUUUUGGUUAGUUCAGAUAUGUUUUUAUGCAAGUAUAUUAUGUAGUAAUAUAAUAUCUAUAGUUAUUGUAUCUCUUGCAGUAGAUCAUUUAAUAAUAAAUAUGUUUGGUUAUACAAUAGGUUUUGUUAUAUAUCCAAAUAUUGAAAUAAAAUAUUUUACUAAUAUAAAUGAAUUAUAUUAUACAAAAAAUUAUAUAUUAUGUGUAACUAUAGGAUAUAUUAUAAAUGCAAUAGUAUCUAUAUAUUUUUCACAAUCUAAUUUAGAAGAUAAUAUGAAAGUUCAAUUUUUAUCUUUUUUUUUUUUAAUGACUACUAUACUUCAAAUGAUAUAUUUAAGUAUUCUUAAAAUAUAUCAAUAUAAUACAACAGAUAUAAAUCUUCAUUUAUUAAGAAAUAAUUAUUCUAUUAAUAAAUAUACAGAUAUUAAAUAUCCGACAAUUUUUGGAAAUUAUAAUUUUAAACAACUUAUUUCAUCAUAUAUAUCAUCCUAUUCAACUGUAACCGUUAUUCCAUGUUGGGCAAAUGAAAUGAAAUCUGAUGUAAAAGUAAUAAAAACGGUGUGGUUAUGUAAUCUUUUUUGUUGUAUUAUUUAUUAUAUAUUUGGUUAUGUAUUAUGUACAGCUUAUCCAAAUAUAAAUAAUGAUAACAUUUUAAAUGACAUAUUACAAACACCCUUUUUAAAUAUAUAUAUGAAAAUAUCUAUAUAUAUAUUUGAUAUAUUAACUAUAGCACCUGGAAUAUAUGUAUAUUGUAUAGCUACCAGAUAUAAUUUAAUAAAUAGUAAUAUCUGUUCAGAGAAAACUGCAUUCCUUUUUGGUACUAUAUUCCCAUUUUUUAUUUCCUGUUUUUUCAAUUCAAGAUAUAUAUUUGAGAAUAUUUUUACAUGGUCAAGUUUGAUUUUUUCUUAUGCUUGUAAUUUUAUUACACCAUCUAUUAUAUAUUUGAUAGCUUGCAAAAAUAUUCCUUUUUCAGAAAAAAACCCAUUAAAAUAUAUUCACGUAUUGUAUGACCCCAAGGAAUAUAUCAAUAGAAAAACUUUGGGUCAACAAAUACAAAAAGGAAACAAAAGUGUGUGUAUUGAUAAGGAUAUCAAAAAAAAUGAAAAUGCCUCUAUAUCUACAAUGUAUGAACGACAAUAUAAUAAUAAACUGGAACAUAAUAAUAAUAAUUUUUUAUCAAUAAAUAAAAUUAAUGAUUCUAAAGAAGAACAAAUCAAAUAUGUAAAUUCAGAGAGUAAUCAUUUCACAGUUCCUAUAAAAACAAACUCUAAAUAUAAAGAACAAAAUAAUAUGGAGAACAAAAAAAGCGACAUUUCUAUACAAAAUCAAACAUUUCAACAAAAAAAAAAAAAAAGCGUUUCUUUAAAAACAGAUAAUGUUUUUAUAAGGAUUAAUACGGAAGACAUGAAAGAAGAUGAACUAAUUGAAUAUGAAAAUGAAAAAAAUAAGGAACAUACAUAUAAUGAUAAAAUGAAUCACACAAAUUAUGAAAACGAUAACAUAAAUAUUACUGAUGACAACAAUGUAGACAAUGUAAAAAAUAUAAAAAAAACAAAACAAAAAAAAGACAUGUUUGAAUACAGAAAAUAUAAUUCCCUUUUUAAUACAAAAAAAAAAAAUGUAUCUUAUAAUUCACAAAAAAAAAAUGAGUCAAAUUCUUAUGAUAUUAGAAGAUCAAGGAAACACAAAACAGUCAUGGGGUUUGAAAAAAAAAAGAGAAGAAAUAAACAUGAAAUGAAUAUAAUACAUGAUGGUUAUAACAAAUAUCAAAAUUCAGAUAGUCAUACUGAUGAAGAUAAUAAUAAUAAUAAUGAUGAUGAUGAAGAUAUUUUACAUGAUAAAAUUAUUGCAGAUUUGUCAAGAGAUAUAUAUAAUGAUAUAAAAAUAAUUCAAAACAAUUAUGAACGAGACGAAUAUUUAAUUAAAUGUUCUGACAUAUUCGAUUCAUUUUUAAACCUCAAAUUGAUGAUGGAAACAGAAAAGAAUAAUAAUACAAAUAUGGAAAGUAUUUAUAAUGUGGCAAAUAAUUAUAAUAUCAAUAGUUAUCCUAACAUAAAUUAUAUGAAUAAUAUAAAAGACCAACAUAAUACUGUUGUGGAAUAUUCUAAUAUAUCUAAUAUGCCUAUAUCCAAUAGUUCACAUAUUAAUCAUAAACCUGAAAUGAAACCUAGUUCGUUUUUUUCAUAUCCAUGUUAUAAAUCCAUAGAUCAUUCAAAUAAAUUUUAUAUAAAUAAUUCAUAUGAUAUAAAUUUUAAUAAUAUGAAUAUACAGGAAAAAAAUAAACUUCUUGAUAUUGACAAUGAAAAUGAUAAAAAUCUAUUAUUAUAUUCGGAUGUAAAGGAUGACGAAAAGGAGUAUAUAUUAUUCGAUAAGAGAACAAUAUCAGAAAAUAGCAUACAACAUGAAAAAAAAGUUUAUAAUGAAAAUAAUAAAUUAUGUAUACAACAAACAAAUGAUAGAAUAGGCACACCAAAUAAUAAUUACAGUGAUAAAAAAUAUAUAGAAAAAAAAAAAAAUCAACUUAAUGAAUUAAUAAAUAAUCAGAAUAAAUACAAACAUCAGUUUAAUAAUAUAGAAAAAGAAUUUGAUAUUCUUAUUAGUGGAAUAAAUAAUAAACAAAAUUUAACAUGGGCAUUUGAUGGAAAUAAAAAAGAAAAUGAUAUUCAAAACAAAAAAAAAUUUUUUUUUGUUAAUAAUAAAAAUAUAAAUGUAUCCAAUGUAAUAUGUUCUUUUAAUUUAAACAAUACAUUAAAUAAUACAUAUAGAAAGUCAACAAGUUUUGGUUAUUUCUAUAAUUCAAAAUGUAAAAAAUAUGUUGAAGAAGGAAAUGUAAUUAACAAAUUAUAUAAUAUAUUAAAUAGGAUGAAUACAUAUGGUUCUUCACCCUUAAAUUGUAUAUCGGAUGAGGCUACUAUUCCAUCACAAAGGUAUAGAAAACAAAAUACAGAUAUUUAUUAUUAUUAUAUUAAUGAUAAAAAAAGAAACAAAAAAGGAGAACAUAUGUAUAAUAAUAUAUUAUCUUAUAAUAUGGAGGAUGAACCAUGUAAUAUGUUAUUAUCAAAUAGUACGGAUAAAAAAGAAGACAAAGGUAAAAUAUCUACCAUAGGUAAUGAUAAAAAAAAAAUAAUAAAUAAUAAUAAUAAUAAUAAUAAAAAAUAUGAUAAUAAUUUUCAUAAGGAUUACCAUGUUGGAUUCGACAAUCAUAUAAAAAAUAAUCAGAAGGAAGAUGAAUAUAAUCAUGAAGAUAUAAAAAAUGUAAAAAGUAAUUAUCAUAAUAAUAAUUUAGAACAAAAACGUUCUGUUCAAUCACAAGAUAAAUUAUUAUAUUCUUUAAAUUCAUAUAAUAAAAGAAGUAAAGUAUAUAAAGAUAUAAAUACAUUAAGUGUACCUGAUAAUGUUUAUAAUGUCAUACCACAACUUAAUAAAAGGAAAGGAACAAACAGUUAUGACGAAGAUAUUAAUAAUUUAUAUAAUUAUUAUAAAUAUAAUUUCCUUUUAUGUUUUAAUGAAAAUAUUAAAAAUAAUAAAACGUUUAUAAAAAAUUACAACCAUAUUAGAAAUACAAAUAUAUACUAUAAUAAUAGUAUUUAUAAUAAUAAAGAAUGUACAAUGAAAAAAAAAAAUAUAAAUAAAAAUGAUAAAUUAAAAAUAGAUAUAAAUAUAACAUCUCAAAAUGAUAUUAUGAAAAAAAAUAAACAUUUUAAAUCACUUUAUAUAAAUACAUUUUCUAAUGAUGAAAAAAAAGAACCACUAAUUAAUCAGAAUAAAAAUGAUAUAGAAGAAUUGCCAACAAUUAAAUUAAUAUGUUCAGAAAAACCAAUAUAUGGAUAUGAAGAUGCUUAUCAAAUAGAUGAUUAUGUUAAUGGGCAAAUAAAUGAAAAUAUUAUACAUGUAUACCCUUUUAUAUAUUUAAGAAUUAAACAUGUAAAAAUAACUCAAAUUCUUUUGGGAAUUACUAUAAUGUUAUUGUUUAUAGCAAUAAUUUAUGAUUUUAUAUAUUAA